AAACAAAUCUGUCUGUUCAUUAUUGUUGACUGACCUAGACCCAACCUAAAAAGAAAAUAUAUACAAAUCUGUGUAUCUCUUUGUUGUCUUUGAUCCUUAAUAGCGAGAGACUCACCUCGAACCCUAGAUCUAACACCAGCCGUCAGAUCAAAUCGAUUGGGCAAUCUCUUCUAGACCGUUGGAAUCUUAGGAGGCAGCAAUGGUAGAGGUAGAAUCGUAUUUGUGGGUAUCCAGAAGAGUCGUAAGGAUUCUCUCCAAGUUUGGUGUCUUUUCAUCUUGAUGGCCAACAAUUCCAAUUUCCUCUAGACAGCUACUUUUUUUUCCUUUAUUUUCUGUCAUGUGUGAUUUGGUCGCGCGUACGGGUCGACUCCAGCAGCGUUACGAGGAUGGCUCUCGUCUCGUAGCCGGGUGUAUUCCGUUUAGGUACAUUAACUCUGAAGAAGAUGGUAAUUCUGAUACUGGGAAAGUGAUUCAAGUGUUGAUGAUCAGCUCAUCUAGUGGACCGGGACUUUUGUUCCCCAAGGGAGGAUGGGAAAAUGAUGAAACAGUCAGGGAGGCUGCAGUGAGGGAAGCUGUAGAAGAAGCAGGAGUCCGUGGGGAUCUUAUGGAUUUUUUAGGAAAUUAUGAGUUCAAGAGCAAAACGCACCAAGAUGAGUUUAGCCCAGAAGGCUUAUGUAAAGCGGCUAUGUACGCUUUGCGUGUGAAGGAAGAGCUAGAGAUGUGGCCUGAACAGAAGACGAGAACACGGACUUGGCUGACAAUUGAAGAAGCGGUAGAGAGUUGCAGGCACGCAUGGAUGAAGGACGCGUUGGUGGAAGGUUUCUGUAAAUGGCAUAAGGAGAAGAUGGAAAAAGGAGAGAUAACAGAUGAAGAUUUGAAGUAAGUGUGCAUAAUUCUGAGGUGUUGGUUCCAUUCCUUUCGAUUUUGUUUUUACCCUUUUUGAAGUCAUAUGCAUGAAGAAUCUGUGACUGCGAAACAUAAGAGUUUCAAAGUUUGAAAGUUGAAUUAUUUCCCUGUUUCACA